AUGUGUUAUUCCCAGCCGUCAGUGGUCACAUGUGGUGUGAUGUUUUGUGGUGUCUGUCCAGGUGGAGAUACCAUCAAAAGCAUCAACCAGCAGUCUGGAGCCCACGUGGAGCUGCAGAGGAACCCUCCUCACAACACCGACCCCAAUGUCCGCAUCUUCUCCAUCAGAGGCACCCCGCAACAGAUGGAACUAGCACGCCAGCUCAUCGACGACAAGAUCGGAGUAAGUAGUUGUUUGAAAAAGUUCCCCCAAGUCAAGUACCUUUAACACUAGAACUGCCGUAGGCCAAUGGCCACUGAUGUUUGAUUCUGUACCCCAAAAAAAGUGUCAAAAAUGCUACGUCCUGCUCCUUCCCUGACUUUUCCUAAAUGUUUGUAUUUUAUAUUGCUCAGUUGUCAGAAUUCUUUAAUCACAAACAUAAAAGUAAGACCUUAACGGGCCAAGACAAAUGCGCUGUAGGACGUUGGUACUUAGCCAGGCGCUAACGUCUUUCUCUCCUCACUGAAUGCAUGGACGAUAGAAACUGAUAAUUGUGCACAUUACUUCACAGUUGAAUUUAAAUUGGGCUAUAAUGAAAGAUAAAGAGGGUGAAGAGGUGACUUCAUAUAGAACAAUAGUGUGAUGAUGAAGAAUUGUGUCCAUUGUGACUGAAAUCGAGAGCAUGAGAUUGAUUCAUGCGUUACGGCACAGGUACAGGGUCCGAUACAAUCAAUAAAUUACUUGUUUUCAUAUCUUGUCAUGAAAAUAUAUUUUCACAACUAUUUCUUUAUGCUAUUGAUUCUUUACAUUUGUGUUAUGCCUAUUUAUCAGCGUUGGCGCUCAUGUUUAUAGCAAGUAAUUUGACUGCGCGCCUUGCUGGUUGAUAUCAUUCUCUUAAGUUUUUCUUUGUAUAAAGAUGUUGUUACUGGACUGUAUUAUUUACUAUAACUCUAUUACUAAUCAAAUAUGUUGUACGGGAAACAUGCUACAUGUUGCAGUAGGCCUUUAGAAUAAUGCAAAACAUAUCCUUGACUCUAUCCGAGUUGAUGAGCGAACGAUGCCAGACAUCCUGCGCAGCUGUCCCAUUUAAAACUACACCUAAACAAAACCAAAACUAAUUUCACACUUAAUAAGAGAGAGCCUAAAGACAAGAUUAAAUUGACAAUAGUCUGAGUGACAAUAUUAUCAGUUGUCAAAUUGUACAUGAAGAGAUGGGUGCAGCUUGGAAUUGACAGAGGCAGGGAAAGGAGCACCACUUUAUCAAAUCCUCCUCUAGAGUCACAUGCAGGUAAAACUUAUUCUAGAUGGUAUCAGAGAGCAUAUUCUGCAGAUUCUAUGACACUUACCUUUGUCAAAUAACUCUCAAUAUUCAAGAGGUGUAGCUCUAUUUCCAAACAUCACUUUUUCCAAGAAUAACCGCACUGUCCAUGCGUUCAGCACAUGAGCACUCACACGACAGCAUUGCUCAGGCUACUAAGCAAGGACUAGUAACAUAAUCUACUUAAAAUAUGCUGUGGAUUUUUUAAAUACAUUUUCUUAUUUCAACAAUGUUUCUUUAGACCUGCCAAACUAAAUUAUAACGGAUUUCUUUGA